AUGGGGGCCCAGGACGAUCCGGAGGCCUUCCUGGAGCUCUUCGAAAAGUCGGCGGAGGCCUGCGGAAAAGAAGAGGAACCAGAAAUAUUGAGAAUAAAACACGAGGAACAAGGAGAGUUCAUUGAAGAGAAAGAGGAAAAUGAAGAAACAAGUGAAGUUGAGGAGAAAAAUCAUAUUAAAACUGGAGGAAAAUCUUUGAGUUGCUCUCAAACCAAACAGAAAGAUGUAAAGAAAAAUAGAGUCAAGAAAUCUUCAAGAAAUCAAGAAAUCACCUGCACUCAGUGUGGAAAGAGAUUCACACACAAAGCGAGUUUUGAGCGUCACAUGAGAAUUCAUACUGGAGAGAAACCUUUCACUUGUGAUCAGUGCGGGAAGAGUUUCAAACAAUCAGCAAACCUUAAGAGACACAUGAAGAUCCACACUGGAGAGAAACCGUACACAUGUGAUCAAUGUGGUGAAAUGUUUUUAUGGGCUUCACUUCUUAAGAAACACUAUAAAUUUCAUUUAAAGGAGAAACCACAUUCAUGUAAUUUGUGUGGUAAGAGUUUAUUGAAUCUACAAAGUUUGAAAGAACAUCAAAAAAUACAUACUAGUGUGAGAGCGCACAUGUGCUUUGAGUGUGAAAAGACUUUUAGUUCAGUGAGCAAUUUAAAACAGCAUGCGAGGAUCCACACUGGAGAGAAACCUUAUAAGUGUUCACACUGUGACCAGAGAUUUAGUCAAUCAGCAAAUCUGAAAACACAUGUGAGGAUCCACUCUGGAGAGAAACCUUAUAAGUGUGCACACUGUGACCAGAGAUUUAAUCAAUCAACACAUCUGAAAACACAUGAGAGGACCCACACUGGAGAGAAACCUUAUAAGUGUUCACAAUGUGACAAGAGAUUCAAUCGUUUACCAUAUCUGAAAACACAUGAGAGGAUUCACACUGGAGAGAAACCUUAUAAAUGUUCACACUGUGACAAGAGGUUCAGUGAUUCAUCAAGUCUGAUAACACAUGAGAGGAUUCACACUGGAGAGAAACCUUAUAAAUGUUCUUACUGUGACAAGAGAUUCAGUGAUUCUUCAUGUGUGAAAUCACAUGAAAGGAUCCAUAAUGGAGUGAAACCUUAUAAGUGUUCACACUGUGACAAGAGAUUCAGUCAUUCAGCAAAUAUGAAAACACAUGUGAGGAUCCACACUGGAGAGAAACCUUUUAAGUGUUCACAGUGUGACAAGAGAUUUAAUCAGAUGCCAAGUCUGAAAACACAUGAGAACAUCCACAAUGGAGAGAAACCUUAUAAAUGUUCACACUGUGACAAGAGAUUCCUUGUUUCAUCACAUCUGAAAACACAUGAGAGGAUUCACACCGGAGAGAAACCUUAUAAGUGUACACACUGUGAUAAGAGAUAUAGUGAUUCAUCAAGUCUGAAAAGACAUGAGAGGAUCCACAAUGGAGAGAAACAUUAUAAGUGUUCACACUGUGACAAGAGUUACAUAGAUUCAUCAAGUCUGAAAAGACAUGAGAGGAUCCACACUGGAGAGAAACCGUAUUAAAGCACUGUACGUGGGAAGUGUUUCAUUCAGUCAUCUGUUAUACACAGUUAUACAAAAAACAAUCACAGUAAGGCCCCGUACACAUGGAGACACGUUUAGCUGUAUACGUAAAUAUUUUGUAUGGUAUAUGUGUUUCAUCCAGGUGGAUCCGACAUAUUGGGAGAAUGAAAUCACUACUUUUCUUUUUAAACCGGGGUCCAGAGUGGCUGAAUCUAUAAACUACACCUUUGCGUUUUCGUGUGUACAGCCAAUACGUAUAUUUUGUGAAACAAUGAUGUCAUGGAAGAUCAUGUGACCCUUCGGCAGCAAUGCACGCAUAGUCCUUUGGUCUGCUCACUUUGUCAGAAAUUAUAUAUAUCAAUUGUAAACAACUAGCCACAGUCAAGGAUGUUCGGGAAGACAGAUUGAACAAUCACCAAUAAAGAAAAAAAUAAAAGAUUCUGCCAUUUACUGAGGAACUAUAGCUAACGCUAUCAAGCUAGUGCUCAAAGAGCAACAAAGUUCUCUUGAUUCAGUUGUGGAUUCGACAAUUGUAUGAGAAGUACCAAGAGAAAGAGCUUUAAUCCAGUCUUGAAGAAGACGACAGCCCUCGGUCUACAGCCCUCCUCCAGGUUACUUUAUGCUGAACAUUUCUAUACUUUCCCAGUUUAUCUAAAAUGUUAAACUACCCAGAAUAAAACUUGCCAUGUUGCAGCGUCCUAUACUUCUGGGAGGAUUGGGUGUACCCAAUUUUGAAUUAUAUUAUUUGUCCUUUCAAAUUAAGGCUCUUCGUAUUUGGGCUGAUCCUCAAUCUAAAGCUUCACGGAGAGCAAUCAAAGCUGACAAGGUUAAACCACGUAAUCUCCAAGAUAUUUUAUUUGCUGGCACAGGAAAUAAAAAUAAUACACAUAAAUUUUGCCCCUGUCGUGGCCAAUUCUAUUAGGAUCUGGAAAAGGGUGGUAUGCCUGAUGGGAGGACCUUUCAAAUUUUCUAACAAGACAUCCUUAUGGCAGAACUUUAAUUUUUCAUGUGGAAAUCAUCCAAUAUGUCCAGCCUGAAUUGGGCAUAAACCCAUGCAAUGACUUACAUGAUGACCAAAGACUCAUUUCAAGAACUGAGAACUAAGAGUGGUUUACCAGCAUCAUAUUUAGUCUUUUUUCAUUUACGCUCUGCUCUCUGCUCUGCCUAUUGAGUUCCGUGGGCAUCCCCCAUUUCCUCUCAUUCUAUGUGGAAUUUGAUUGCACCAUCCUCUGGUUGGCCAUCUUUUUCUUUAAUAUAUAGCAAACUUAAUAAUCACACUACAAAGCCUAGUUUCUAUUAAACCUAUAUUGAAUUGACAAUUAAAAUAUUUUGAUCAUCAUAUCCAUUUCAAAGUCAUCCAUGGAGCAUAAAUAACUCCUUACAAAAGUUUUAAAAUGAAGCUUCAAUCGACCUAUAACUGCCAUAUCUGUAGAAAUGUAUUAUCUGUAACACUGUAUCAUCAGGUUCUUUUCUUCACAUGUUUUGGGAAUGUCCAAUUGUUGUCAAUUUAUGGACACGUGAAUUCUGUUUUAUCCAUUUUGCUGCAAAUUGAUUACAUGUCUAACCCAUGUUCAUGUUUUCUCAAUAAGGAUUCCAACUGAUCUUUAAGUUCAUUAAAGAGAAUGUUGUGUGCUGGUUUAACAGCUGCAAAGUAGACAAUAAUACAAAACUGGUUCACUCACGUGUACAAAAGCAUUUGAAUUUACAGCCUACUUAAAAUAGUUACUUGUGAAUGUACAAUGGCACAAAUGAACAAGGCUAAAUCCAGUACCAUUGAUGCAUGGAAAUGUUUAUCUACCGGGAUUUCAGGUUAAAUAAGAUUUUUUUUCUUUUAUACUUUCAGAAUGUAAAAAUAUUGAUGUGUCUGUUGCUUCCCCUUCCGUUUAUUUUUAUUUUUUUAAUCAAUGUUGUUUUAUUGAUUCAAAAAUAAAAAAAUGUUGAUAACAAAAAAAGAUUGAUUGACUGAGAUUGUAAAGAGGGUGUAGCACACUCACUGUCGAGUUGAGUACCAGUGGAUUAGAGAUCUUCUCACGCGAGACCCGACGCAAUAGUGCAGCGCGUGGGACAAGACUUGAUAAGCGAGUGCAAAGACUUGUGUCUGUGUGUGUGUGCCGGAUGCGGUUAAAUAAAAUGAUUCAGGGGACUCCCGCAAAAUAGAAAUAUCA